AUCCGACAUCCGCCAUUCGCCAUCCGACGUCCAUAGAGUGUGGCAUUCAAUGGCAUUUCAUCUCGAUCUCAUCGUCAUUUUGCUUGGUCUCAAAAUGCAACAUUCUCACCGUAGAAGUGAGGCACAUCAUGUGACAUGUGUACAUAUAUCCAUUGUUGGGGGAAUCACUAGCAGAUGCAUAUCCCCAUAUCCAUCCUCCAUCCAUCCAUCCAUCUAUCGUGUCAUGAGCUCUCACAAAAAAUGAACAAAAUUCCAAAUUUCUAUCCAAAAUUUAUACAUAUCUGACGACGACGGUCUACGUCGAUCGUCUCUCUUUCUCUUUGUUUUGUUUUGUUUUUUUUUAUCUGUGUUUCUGUUUCUUGUGCGUUUUGGAUGUAUUUUUCGCUCUCUCUCUCUGAAUGUGAACCAUGCCGAUCGAUCCGAUAGAUGUGGAGCAAGCGGCGGCGGCGGAUGAUGCGCCCGAAGUGAUUGCUCCUCACAAUGACAACGCGUGGGUCGAUGUGGGUAUUGAAGAUGAAGAUGAGGAUGAGGAUAAUGAUGAGGAUGAGGAUAAUGAUGAUGCUGAUGUUGAAAUUGAUGUCGAGAUCAAUGGAAUUGCCCUGCCAGUUGAUGUUGAUGACUGCGUAGGCAAUUUGUAGUAAUAACUGACCAUUAAUUAAUGAACAUUUCUCACCAAACAAAAACAAAAUCAAACAUCACCUCUUCAGAUAAUAC